CUGGAGUCUCUGCCUGGGGGGCGGGGGGGAGGUGUCACCAAUCCUGCACGUGAUCCCGUUUGCCCCUCCCAUUUAACCGCAGAUUGGCAGCACCUGCUCGUCUGUUUCCGAGGCCCCGCCUCCCGAUGAUGUAACAAUCUCUUCGCGCAUGUUCACCGUCUCCGGGUGGACGGUGUUAUCCUCUCCGCUCAGAGCUGAAGUGGGUCGCCGGUGUUAUCGGGAAAGACUUUCGUCUCUUCCGUCGGGAUCACUGUCUGCGGGCCGAAGAUAUCACUUUCCCAUUGUUAGACCUGCAGUGAGAGAUUUAUUGGAAGCAAACCACGACUGAAGAUGAGGGAACAGCAACGAGUGAACCAGCCCGAGGAUUGAGAGCACCGACUGGAGAGAACCCAUCUGACUCGGAGAUUCCAGUGAUUCAGUCAGGAGAAAGUUUGGUCAAAAAUGACAAGGAAUUUGUGUACGGGAAUCUAGAGCUCAACACACCAGUUUUGCUGUCUCUGUCCAGAUAUUUAAGAAGUGGAGCGAGGGAUUCAAUCGACCAUCCUUCCUGCUCAGACUGUGGGGAGGGAUUCACUCGAUCAUCCUUCCUGCUCAGACUGUGGGGAGGGAUUCACUCGAUCAUCCUUCCUGCUCAGACUGCGGGGAGGGAUUCACUCGAUCAUCCUUCCUGCUCAGACUGUGGGCAAGGAUUCACUGAAUCGUCUGACCGACUGGCACACCCGUCAUUUUGCACAGGGUGGAACGAUUCAUCUGCUCAGACAGUGGAAAUGGAAUCACUCUGUCGUCUCAACUGAAGGUACAUCAGCUAGUUCACACUGGACAAGGCCAUUCACCUGUUCUGUGGGUGAGAAGGGAUUCAGUCGGUCAUCCCACCUGCGGACACACCAGUCAGUUCACACUGGGCAGAGGCUGGUCAUCUGUUGAAUUUUGGGGAAGCAUUCACUCGGUCAUCUGACCUAAUGGCUCACCAGCGAGGUCACACCGCGGAGAGGCCGUUCACCUGCUCGGAAUGUGGGAAAGGAUUCACUUGCUCAUCUAAACUGAAAUUACAUCAGCGUGUUCACAGUGGGAAGAGGCCAUUCACCUGCUCAGACUGUGGGAAGGGAUUCAGCUGGUCCUCUCACCUGAAGGUACAUCAGCGAGUUCACACUGGAGAGAGGCCAUUCACCUGCUCAGAGUGUGGGAAGGGAUUCACUAUGUCAUCUAAUCUGAAGAUACAUCAGAGAGUUCAUACUGGAGAGAGGCCGUUCACCUGCUCAGACUGUGGGAGGGGAUUUACUUGCUCAUCCAAACUGAAAGUACACCAGCGAGUUCACACUGGGGAGCAGCUGUUCACCUGCCCGGACUGUGGGAAGGGAUUCACUUGCUCAUCCGAACUGAAAGUACACCAGCGAGUUCACACGAGAGAAAGGCCAUUCAUCUGCUUAGACUGUGGGAAGGGCUUCACUCAGUCAUCCCAUCUGAAGGUUCACCAGCGAAUUCACACUGGGGAGAGGCCGUUCAUCUGCUCGGACUGUGGGAAGGGAUUCGCUUGCUCAUCCGAACUGAAGGUACAUCAGCGAGUUCACACUGGGGAGUGGCCGUUCACCUGUUCAUACUGUGGGAAGGGAUUCAGCUGGUCUUCUCAACUGAAAUCACAUCAGAGAUUUCACACUGGAGAGAGGCCAUUCACCUGCUCAGACUGUGGGAAGGGAUUCACUGCGUCAUUCCACCUGAAGGUACAUCAGAGAGUUCAUACUGGAGAGAGGCCGUUCACUUGCUCAGUCUGCGGGAGGGGAUUUACUUGCUCAUCCAACCUAAUGGCUCACCAGCGAGUUCACACUGGGGAGAGGCCAUUCACCUGCUUAGACUGUGGGAAGGGAUUCACUUGCUCAUCCGAACUGAAGAUACAUCAGCGAGUUCACACUGGGGAGCGGCCGUUUGCCUGCUCAGACUGUGGGAAGGGAUUCUCUGUUUCAUCCCAGCUACUGAGUCACCAGUCAGUUCACACUGGGGAGAGGCCAUUCAUCUGCUCGGACUGUGGGAAGGGAUUCACUCAGUCAGCUCAACUGAAGGUACAUCAGCGAGUUCACACCGGGGAGAGGCCAUUCGCCUGCUCAGUCUGUGGGAAGGGAUUCAAUUGGUCAUCUCACCUGCAGAGACACCAGUCAGCCCACACGGGGAAAUGGCCAUUCACCUGCUCAGUCUGUGGGAAGGGAUUCACUUGGUCAUCUAAGCUGAAUAGACAUCUGCAAAUUCACACUGGAGAGAGGCCGUUCACUUGCUCUGUCUGUGGGAAGGGAUUCACUGAGUCAUCUGAACUGAAGAUACAUCAGCGAGUUCACACUGGAGAGAGGCCGUUCACCUGCUCAGUCUGUGGGAAGGGAUUCAUUCGGUCAUCUACCCUGAAGGUACAUCAGCGAGAUCACACUGGGGAGAGGCCAUUCACCUGCUCAGAAUGCGGGAAGGGAUUCACUCGGUCAUCCGCCCUACAAGCACACCGUUCAGUUCACACUAGGGAGAGGCCGUUCACCUGCUCAGACUGUGGGAAGGGAUUCACUUCAUCAUCUGAACUGGAGAGACACCAGCAAGUUCACACUGGGUAGAGGCCGAUCUCCUGCUCAGAGUUUGGCAUAAGAUUCUCUCAGCCAAAUCAACUGAAUGUGCAUCAUUGAGUUCACACUGGGGAGAGGCUUUUCACCUGCUGUGAAUGUGGGAAGCGAUUCACUCAGUCCUCUAACCAUAUGCAACUCUCACUUCGGCUAGCAGCUUAACUUUUGGAGUGAUAGCUCCCCAACCCAGCCAACUUAAGAAAUCUCAUUUGGGUGGAUGCUUCAUGAUGUGUCCCGUUCCAAAUCAGUACACUGAAAUAAUAAACUGUACACAAUAUGUGAUUAAACAAUUGAGAUUUAUAACUCUUACUUUGCCUAUAGGGUUAGUAAAGAAAACAGAAAGAAAAAGGGCUCACUCUCUCCAUUCACAUCUUCUCAUCUCUCCCCAGCAAAAGGUGGUGAAAUUCUCUCUUCCAGACUCACAGGAAAGAACAACAUUACUGCCAUUGGAUAGCCCCGCACUCCAAAAUCCUGUUAUCAUUAGUCAUAACCAAAAUAUUGCUGCUACAGAGAAACCAUUACCUCAGCAGUGAAACAUGACAGAGAGGCCGUUACAUUAGCAGUGAAACCUUACAGAAUGUUAUACUUGUGACACACUACCGGGUUUACACUGGGGAGGAAGUUUCAAUGAGCUGCACGCUGGAUAUUUCUCCAUCACCAUUGCUGAAUGCUACUUCAAGACUGACUGUUGGUGCUGAACUCUGCAAUUAUUGCUGCUGCUGCUCACCACACCCAGUUCUGCACCCUGGUCACUGGGCAUGGGAGGAGUUUCUUCUGCUGCACAUUCACCUUUAAUGGGACUGGAGUUUAAUAUUCUGCA